AAGAGAACUUUUGCUUGGUUGUUUAGUAAGCGAGAAGUUGUUGCUAAGAGAGGAUUGGUUGUACAUAGUGACUCACGGAAAGAGGAUUUAUAGAGAAUGUACACUCUAAUUCGCAGUUAGGAAGUCGUGCCCAUGAAUAUUCGUCGGAUGUUUUACCGCCCCCGGGCUUGUUGCUCCUUUGCCGUCAUCACGUACGCUUUCGUACUUGGUGUUACCUUCACUUUGAUACAAACUGCGAGCGAAAUCUUUAUAGACUCAUUUCGCCACGGCAAGCAGGAUUUAAACGGUAAUGGUGCGGGAAACACGGCUGAUCAAAGCCCUCAGCUUGCUCAAAUUAUCCGGCGAAGUAUCCUCAAUUAUGGGCCUAGGUUUCAAGUUCUACCGUCAUUGUUUUCAAAGUAUGACGAAAAUGCAGACGAUUAUUCUACACCAAAAACUGCUACACAUAUUUUGAUAGUUACUAAUCGAAGGUCUGGUUCAAGUUUUCUAGGUCAACUAUUUAAUCAAAAUAAAAACAUUUUCUUUCAUUUUGAACCCCUUAAAAGUAUUGAGCAAACGGUACCGAGACAAUUUUUUCCAGGAAAUUCUACAGAGAUGAUAUCCGAUAUUUUUAAAUGCCGUUUCCCACCAAAACAUUUGUUAUUGAAUUUCUACAGUCGGAAUUAUUUGCAUCGAAUGUCCAGUCGAGUUUUGUCCUCGUCGCCUCUCUGUGAACCCGAAGAGACAUCAGCGAAGCGUCCGACAUGUAAAGCACUAAAAUCAACUACUACACGAUCGGAAUGUACAAAGUAUAAACAAUUUGCGAUUAAAACGAUUCGCUUUGCUAAACUCCAAGACAUUGAGCCGUUGGCACGCGACCCAUCACUUAACUUAAAGAUUAUUCAUCUGGUACGUGACCCACGUGGCACUUUUAUUAGUCGCGCGAAAAGUGAGAAAAAACCUAUGGACAUGACGGCAGAUGAAUUGAAUAACGUCAGAUAUCUUUGUUUACGAAUGCAGCAAAAUUUGGAGUUCGUUACAAACGUACCCACCCCUGAUUGGUUGAAAGGCAUUUAUAAGAUAGUGCGGUACGAGGAUAUGGCAAGAAAACCUGCAGAAACUGCGCAAGAUAUUUAUGAUUUCGCGGGUCUUGGACGCCUUCCUCGCAACGUAGUCCAGUGGCUAAGAAACAACACAAAGACCUCAAGAGGAGAUUCUUACGCUGUCACCCGCAAUUCUUCAGCGACUUGGCAAGAGUGGCGUUAUAGUAUCCCGUUUGAAACGUCGGUAGGAAUCCAAGAUGUCUGUCGGGACGUGUUACGGUUGCUUGGAUAUAGGGAAGUACCAAUGCAAUAUCUGCUACGCGAUGCCAGAGAGGAUUUACUGAAGCCUUUGCCAAGUAUCUGGAACUCCUUACACCGCCCCAAAGAUAUUUCAUGAAGCUGUGGAUCCAUUGUCUGACUGGCAUAUACAUAUUUGUUUCCGAGAGUUGGUGGGCGUACUCACACUCAUUGAAAAGGGGGUGGGGGGCUAGCUCGAGAAUGAAGUGAGCGGGGAAACCCGAGGUACACGAUUAUAUUCUGGGCGUAUCUAAGGGGCCUCCCGAUCUUUUUUCCCUCUUAGAUACGCUACUGGUUUAUAGAAUGUUCUAACAAUUGUUGGAGUUGUUUCCUCUUUUCAUUUAAAUUAUAACUUUAAAACAAAGCAUUAAAAAUAGGCCUACACGUGUAUAUAUAUUUAUUUUAGAUUUCUUUCUGUAAGAUAGGCCUAUCAAAAAUGACCUAUGGGAAACGUCUCGGGAAACGUCUCGUAUCAAAGGGAAUGUUUAGAUUUACAUGAUUAUGAUUCAACACGAUUCAAAAUAGAAAUGUGUCGGAAAUGUUAUGUGACUUAUGCACAUGGGAGUCUUCACGCAUGCGUACACCAUACAAACGCAAUCAUAGGAAACAGUGAAUGACACACUUUGUUAGAGUGCACAAGGAGAGGUGGGUUAAAUUAUAUAUUUCGUCUCGAAUGUCGUUAUGUAGUUAUAUAUUUUCUUUAAAGAAAUUAUAUCACAAAUAAACUUCUUAAAUUAUGCUGCACAUUUAUAUUGUCUUUCAAUGUAUCACGAAGAAGUAUAAUAGCAAGAACCUGUAUAAUAGUUUCUUAUUAAAAAUGUGAACGCGUGUCUUCAGGCUAGGCUUCGGCCCUGUACCUCUUCUGAACAUGCUAAGUGUACUAACCCAAUGGGCUUACAAUCGAUUAGUCAUACUAACCCAUAAUAUGUGCUUACGAUCGAUUAGUCAUAUGAUGAAAAUUGACCAAUAACGUGGCUGAAUAUGAAAACAUUUCACUUAACAUUUUAUUACCGAAAUAUGCUGCAAUGAAAUGUCGUUUGUAAUUAUAUUAUAUAUUGUUACUGUACGAAUACAAGUUUUAAAACAUUUUAUUGUUUGUCAAGGUGUAAAUAUAAGAGUUUAUACCGUUCACUGUUAAAUAUGUUUUAAAAAGAAAGCAAAUGAGUUAUAAAGAAUAAGUAAAAUAACAAGAAGAGGAGUGAGUCAAGAGUCAGUGUAACAAGGGAACAGUAAAAUUACAGCCUUCAUGCUGGAUAAGCUCAUUUUUUAAUAGCGCAUGCCCGUAUAAAGGUUAAGCAACAUGCCCAAAAUAUAGGUUUAUGACGAUAAACCUUGGAUAUGGGCAUGCGCAGUUUAAACUAAGAAUUGGCAUAUUUUCGGCAAAGGGCCGACUCCCUUGCUCGGGGCCGAAUUCUAGUUAUGUCGACCAAAUAUCUCUGUGACACUGGUAUUGAUUUUUAAAGAGAUCAUUUUUUAGGAGUAAUAAAUAUAAGCACACAUUCGAAA